UCGGUAUAGGAAGUCCAUAAUAGGGCCAUCUGGCUCGACUUGGAAGCUUUCUGACAGAGCUCUUCCAAGCCGUCAUCUCCCACCUGUUUCUCAUCUACCAACACUCAAAAAAUAAGCCUGCACUGUUACAUUAUUCUGUUACAUAUUAAUCAUGCCUUCGGAAUACGCAAGCCAAGUCCCUGCCGCGAUACCGCUGGAGAAAGCUGGCCCGAAGGCCUACAUCCGUUAUGUCUUCCCUAUCGAGCUCCCUAAGGACUAUGACCUAGAAGAAUGCUUCAAGAUCUACCGAGAUGGCUUCGAGGCGGCAAAGAAGCGAAUUCCAGCCCUGGGCUGUGAAGGUGUACCCGACCCCGAUGCCAAACAAGCUGGUGUUUUGAAACUGCAAAAAUACACCGACUAUGAGUCCAUUACAUACAAGGAUCUGCGGAAGACCUUCCCCUACAGCUGGGACGAGAUGAAGGCGAAGAGGUUUCCCGUCUCGUGCUUCACGUCCGACAUGUGCCGCAGGUUUACCUGGCCUUCCCCCGGUGACCGACUGCCCGUCGUAGAUUUCCAGGCCAACUUCGUGCCAGGAGGUGUGCUUAUGGGCGUCGCCUGCUUCCACGUCUUUGGUGACGCGAAGAGCUACUUCACUUGGUUCGAGACCUGGGCCGAGGAGUGCCGUAGAAUCCAGGGUCUUGUGACCACAGUCAACGAGAUUCCCGAUGAGCUCUUCACCGACAGAGAGAAGGCCAUGAAGCCUUCCGGACGUAACCCCGGCCGUCGUGAAGACCAUCCCGAGCUGCUCGUUCUCCCCUUCACACCUGAUGCCCCCCCGCCCAAGAUGGUCUCCCUGGCACAUGUUGGCCAAGCCUUCUACUUUUCCCCCGAGAACAUCGCCAAGCUAAAGGCAGACACCGCACCCAAAAAUGCUACAGAGCCCGCUGGCGUGGAAUACGUGUCCACCAACGACGCCGUCUCAGCUCUGAUGUGGCGCUCAGUCAUGAACGCCCAGAACCCCGUUGAUACGCUGGAGGGCGACCCAGUAUCCGUAUUCAACAUCGCAGUGGACGGACGUACCCGCACCAACCCGCCCGUGCACCCUCGCACGCUCGGCAAUUGGCUCGGCUGGGUGGUGCAGCAGAUGCCGAUCCGCAAGAUGCUGACGACAGCCAACCUGGCGGACAUGGCGGCGCUGAUCCGCAAGUCGAUCCUCAAGCUCGACAACGAGUUCGUGGACGACCUGAACGCCAUGUUCGAAGACGUCGAGGACGUCAACCGCGUCGUCGCCGCCGCCUUCGUCGACGUCCCCGGCUACAACAUCUUCCAGACCUCCUGGGUCAACUUCAACGUCUAUGACCUCGACUUCGGCACCAAGCUCGGCGGCAUCAAGGCCACCCGCUGCCCCGACAUCGGCGUCGUCAACGGCGGCUCCGCCGUCCUCCCCGCCCUGCCCAACGGCGGCAUCGAGAUGAUCAUCGGUGUCGAGGACAAGUGCCUACCCAGACUCUUGGCGGAUCCCAUCUUGAAGAAGUACACCGAGGCUGUCACAUGGUAGACUACCUCUCUCUCCCCCCCCUCUUGCUUCCCCAUACGUGGGAUGAGGAAAGGAAAGGAAAUGAUAUAAGGAAAUAAAGAAAAGGUGAUGGACGACGGAUAUGAAAACGGGUCAUGAUGGAAAAGGAAACUUUUUAUACACACAACACGGUCUAGCGUUUCUUGCACGUUUGUUAGGUAGCCUUCAAAUAACACUC